AUGGAUAAGACAUACAAGAAUGGCAAGGUUUGGAGAGAUUGUUUUGGAGUUUUUGUUGAAAAGAGUUGUCCUACCAGGUUUAUAGCAAGAUGUGUUAUAGAUGGUUGCAACUGGAGAAUCCAUGCAUCAAGCAUGACUGACAAAGUGAGCUGGGCAAUCAAGACAUUGACAGGAGAGCAUGCAACUUGUGGCAGGCUUGAGAUAAAUCCAAUUGUACAUAAUUCAAGUGAAGAAAAGGUUGUUAUACAAGGUGAAAGCAAUUGCCGAGGAGCUCAUUCAUGGUACAAAGCAUGCUUCUUUUCUUUUGCUGCACAACUUAGAGGUUUUUUGAGAGGCUGUAGGCCAAUCAUUGGCAUUGAUGGAGCCCGUCUUAGUGGAUAUUAUAAAGGGAUACUGCUAAGACCUGUUGGAAUUGAUGGGAACAAUGAGAUAUUUAUGUUUGUUUAUGGCAUAGUCAGUACAGAGAGUGAGACUUGGGGUUAUUUUAUGAGGAAUUUAAAGUGCCUCUUUGAGAAAAAGGGAUGCAACAGAGAUGAUUGGACAUUUCUUUCUGACAGGAUGAAGGUAAAUCAGGAAUUGAUGCAGCAAUUAUGGAGACAUUUCCCAGAGCUAGUAGAAGAAUAUGCUGUCAACACUUGUACAUCAACUGCAAAAAUAAAAGGCUUUAGUGGAACAACAUUUCACAAACUGUUUUGGGUUGCUGCUGAUGGUUACAAUCCAUAUGUUUUCAACAAAGCAAUGGAGAAGAUUCAUGCCUACAAUCUAGAUGUUGUUCUGUAUUUGGAGAAUACCACUGAAGUUUGGUCAAGGCAUAAGUUUGACCCAGUUGUCUGUUGUGACCAUAACACCACAAAUUUUUUUGAAUCAUUCAACUCUUGCACCAAGCCAUACAGAGAUCUACCUGUGUUAAAGCUUCUUGAAGCUAUAAGGCAAUGGUGCAUGAAAAGGAUGGCUCCAAGGUUUGAUAAAGCAACUUCAAUGGGGGAUGUGGAACUCACUAAGUAUACAACAAAGAUCUUGCAAAUAAGAUCAGAUGAGCCCAGGUUCUGCUAUGCUACACCAUGUGGGGGUGAUGAGUUUGAGGUGAGAGAUGCACAUGUGUACUAUCCCAUCAAACUAGUGGCUGGAACUUGUGGUUGUGGGAAGUGGCAACAUUCAGGGAUCCCAUCUAAGCAUGUGCUCAAGGUGAUUUACCACCAAAGGCUGCAAGCUACACAUUUUGUAUCACCUUAUUUCAAAGGGAAGGCAUACAAAAACACUUAUGGAGAGCAUAUGCACCCAAUGCCUGACCAAACUCAGUGGCCUUCAUUCAACCUCCCUGACAUACUACCACCCUUAGUGAAAAGGUCAGCAGCCAACCCAAGAAACAAAGAAGAAGAGGGGCAAAUGAAGCAAGAAAGGGAAAGAAACAUAGUUCAGUCAAGUGCAGCCUAUGCAAAGAAUUGGGCCACAACAUGA